CUGGAGCUCUGUGGAUGAAGAAGUGGGCUCAGGGCAAGCCAGUGAGGGGGCAUCUUGAGCCAUUUUGCAGGAGAAAAAGGGUGGAUUUGAGGCUGCUUUCUCAACUGGAGGUGGCUUGUGGGUCUGGAGGCUGUGGCUCCCUUCCCUGGGUCAAGGCAGGGCAUGGGGUGUGGGCAAUCAGGUAGGUCUGGAAGGCUCCUGUGCUGCCAAAGCAUUGGCGCAGAGAGGGGCUGUUGGCCACCAGUGAGCCUUUUGCACUGAGACCCUAUCUGUCCCCUUCCCCAGCGCCGGAGCAUCUCGUGAGAUGCUGCCCCACAUCCCUGCAUCCCUCUUGCCCAGGGCUGAAUGCCAGUCCCAAUACCCGGGGGGGGACAGCAUCCCUCCACCCUGUGUCCUCGCAUCUCUCCUCAUCCUCUGGCGUCGAGUGGAGCAGGGAUGCCAAGGUUUCUAAUUCGGGUUUUUCCGGCCUCCUGUGGUGUCUUUCUGGCCAGCAUUUGGCUUGUGGGUGUUCAUGGUCCCCCUGAUUGAAAGGAAAAAGCGGGGAGAUGGGAGCUGUGGGGCCGGCUGUGCCAAGCCACCAAGGCAGGGACCAUCCUGGGGGGGGGUUCUCUCUUAGCAAAGCCUGAGUUGGCACAACUCAAAGCCACCCUGGACCCCCCAUAUUCCCCUGGGGACCCUCAUUGGGUUGUGCCGGGAGAGGAGGACCCUGGCUGGAGCUGCUGUGCUGUGGGAGGUACAGAGCCUGCCCCUCGCCAUGGGGCAGGAUGGUGGCCAAGUCCCAGAAGAGCUUGACAGCAGUGUGGCUGCCCCAUGAGGGCUGCACUAGCCCUGAGGAGGCUGCUUGGAGGGCUCCAGCCUCCUUGGCACAGGAGGAGAAGCCAUACUGUGGCCAGGAAUUGAGGGCAGCCGGGACAGCGGGGCAUGGAAAGUGUGCAGCACCCAGAGAUGCUGCUCCAGUGCAAGGUGGGAAAUUCCCUCCUGGACCUCCAGCAUCUCCCUUCUCUUUGCUCUGCCCAAGGGCUUCUCAUAGCCUUCUCCUUGGGUCUUGCCAGCAUCAGAGUGGUGUGUCUGUCCUCUCCUUGCCUGACCCCUUCUCCGUUAUUCUCUUGGUACCUCUGUAAUGGUACUGAGCAUCCGCUGACCCAUCUGCCAGGUGCCAGGAUGCUGCAGACUCUUCAUGGAGUCCAUCCUCGCUGUCAGCUUCCUCAGCCCUGCUGGAGCUAUCAUCAUCAUCGGGAGGGGAUGGGAAAAGUGUUUCUCUUUCAGCACCUUCUCAUUGCAGGAAGAUGCGGGCUCACCUACGCCCUGAGCCCUGUCUGGGUCCCCUCCCUGUUCCCUGGCACCCAGUGGGUGCAGCAAGGCGCUUCCCUCCUUGCUGAGUGGGGCCAGGGGGGUCCUGCUAUGGUUUCAACCAUGCUGGAGGUGGGGUGCAAAUGGACCCUUAUAGCACCCAGCACCCACCUCGGCCUUGCCCCAGCCAGCAAGGGUUAACCAUGGCUCCUCACUGCCAGACUGCACAGCAACUGCUGAGCUGUAACGAAGCCCGUAGUCUGAUGGUAAUCAUGCUACUCCGCUCAUGAGGGUCAUGCCCUGCCUUCACCCCAUCACCCCAAGCCCCCUGGGUGCUGCACCGAGCUGUGCCGAGCCGGGGGAGGCUGUGCAGAGCUGCUGUGGUUUAUGUAAGGCAUGAGAGCUGUGCACAGGAUGGCCCUGGGACACAUGCACAUUACAUAAACCAUUGCCCCAGUCCCUCUCCAGGAGCCUAGAAAUGGGGUUCCCUACCUGGGGGACCUACCUGACCCACUGCCCCGUGCUCUUGGCUGCAACAUCGCCCUUGGGAGCGGGUGGUGGGAGCUGGUGGGGGGAGUUUGGAGUUGGAGUGUCACUGGGGUGGUGUCACAGCAUCCUCAUGCCCUGUGGGAACCCCUUGCACCCCUUGGAUCACACCCUGCCCUUCCCGCCUGGUGCCGUGGGCUCUGCAUACAGGAGGGGAGGCAGAGGAGCUCUGCUUCAUCCAAGGAAACUGGGGAUGAAAUGGCAGCAGAGGGACUGCUGCGAAGUGGCAAUGUGGAUUGAGACCAGAUCUGUUUGGGUAAAACUGGGGGGGUCGUGAGCCUAGAAGUGGGUGCCCACCCUGCACCCAGCUGGAGCAUCACCCCUGGGAGCAGGCAAUGGGGUAGUGGAAGCUGGGAGGGUUUUGGAGUUGGGGUGUCUUGCUACUGGUGCUGGGGGGUGUGUGAUGCUGGGUGGGCACUGGAGUGAUGGGUCCUAGCUCUGACCUGAUGGGUUGCAGGGCAGGGGUUCGAGUGACCCCUGUGGAAUGGCGGCAUUGGGAUGCUGUCACAGCAUCCUUGUGCUCUGUGUGAUCCCCUCACACCCCUUGGAUCACAUCCUGCCCUUCCUGCUUGGUGUUGUGGGCUCUGCAUGCUGGAGAGGAGGUAGAGAAACUCUGCCUUCAUCCCAGGGAGUAGAGGAGGGUUGGCUACAGGGGGACCCUGCGUGGGCAAAAGUGGCAGCAUGAAUUGAGGCCAAAUCCUUACUGUUUGGAUAAAACUGGAGGGGUUGUGAUCCCGGAAAUGAAUGCCCAACCUGCAUCCGGCUGGAGCAUCACCACUGGAAGUGGGCAGUGGGACGGUGGGAGCUGGGGGUUUUGGGGUCAAGAUGUCUUGCUGCUAGGAGGUACUGGUGCUGGAGUGUGCGUGGUGCUGGGUAGGCACUGGUGGAGUGGUGGGUCCCAGCUCUGACCUGGCAAGUUGUAGGGCAAGGGUUCAAGUGACCCCUAAGGGCAGCAGCAUUGGAUUCUGUCACAGCCCCUCGCACCCCUUGGAUCUCAUCCUGCCCUUCCUGGUGUUGUGGGCUCUGCAUGCUGGAUAGGAGGCAGAGGAGCUCUGCCUUCAUCCCAGGCAGUAGAGUUGGGUUGGCUGCAGGGGGACUAUUGCAAAGUGGCAGCAUGUUUUGAGGCCAAAUCCUUAUUUUUUGGGUUAAACUGGUUUGGUUGUGAGCCCCUAGGUCCCCCAGCCUUGCUCUGGUCGUGUGCUCCAUGCCAGCUCCCCUCGCACCCAGACUGGGGUGUUUGGCCCAUCCUGGUGUUUCUCUCAUUCCAGUUCUGCCUGGAGCGGGGCGGCCGGUGUCUUUCAUCAGCGAUGGGGCGGUUCGACUACAUUGCCAAACAAAGGGCGCUUUCUUUGCGCUGGGCAGAGCACACCUGCCCGCCUUGGCACUGCCGCUGGUGGCCCUGGGGCUGGGUGGCACCGCCGGCACCACGCCGGUUCCUGGGCGUCAGCAACCCCAGGAGCUCACGCAUCCACCCACCCAGUCAUUGUGGGAGCCGGUGGAGGGGAAGCAGAGCCACCACGGCCAUCUCAUCCUCCAGCGCUCGCCCCAAGAUGCUCAAAGCUGCUUAGAGCCAGGGGAAGGUCCCGCUCGCUGCCACUGCUGCUGCUCCCUUGGGUUCCCUUCUUCCUGAUCCCUCAGCACACCGGGACCACCACUUGUAGGACAGUAGGCAGGAGGAAUACGGAGCCCCCCAGGCCAAUGGAUCAAAAACUCCAGCUCCAACAUUCAGAGAAGAACGUCCCCAGGGCUGCCCAGGCAACUUUCUGCCUCCUCCAGAUCCCAGAGCCAGAUCCCUUCAGCCUGUGGGUUUAGGUGCUUCCACUUGCCUGGCUUUGCUUCUCGGAGACAGCGGUGCUGCUGGUGGAGACGCCUGCUCAUCUUCAGAGUCCCCCAUGGACUAUCCAGGGUCUGGUCAGCCCGGGACGGCGCUGAGCAUCACAUGAGUGUCAGAGCAGCAUGGCCAGUGACACGAGGAUGGGAGAGACCCCAUUGCGAUGGAGUAGAGCCCAGGACACAGUGCAGGACACCUUGGGGAUGCAGAACAGUGGGCUGGUCUUGCCCCGAAGCGCUGCUGCUGAGCUGGGAGUCCCAAGCUACCCAGAGCCUAGCAAGCUGAGAUACGGAUCGGAGAAGGAUUGUUCUUGGAGGGUAUAUGAGGGAUGUUUGGGUCCAAGGCAAGAACUUGCCAGCAGCUGCUUGAGCUGCCCUUACCCACCAGCCUCGCCAUGCCUGCGGGACGCCCUGGGACGCCCCAAGGAUGGAGCUGAGCUGCCGCCGCUGCUGCCACUGCGCAACAGGCAGCCCAAAGCGGGUUGCACUGAGGCUGUGCUGGCCCCGCUGGCCCUCUACAGCCCUGCAUACCAACGCUAUGCACUGCCCUUCACAGCGCUGGAUGGCCAGCAUCCCGGCACCGCCAGCAAACCCCGCGCUGCUGCAGGGGAUGCAGCCGGAGACACCCCUGCUUUCCGCCACUGCCCUUUCCUCGUGGAGGCCAAGCACAGCCCCUUCUUCCUGUCCUCGCUGCUGCCCCCAUCUGAGCCCCCAUUUGGCGGUGAGGGGCCAGGGGCGAUGGGUGAUGGGGGUUUUGGUAUGGACUGGCAUCUGGGCUCCUACACGCCCGCUUGGGGCCAACCCCUCUAUCUGGGGCUCCCGCCAAGGUGCAAAGCAGCUCCAGCACUGUUUGACGACUGCUCCAGCUCAGGGAACAAGGAAUUUUACCCCAAGAAAGAACCCAGCUUCCACCCCGUGGCCAAGGACCAAGCGUCAUCGCAGCUGCUAGGCAAGGACCAGGCAGGGCAGGAUGGAGAUGGUGAGAGGGAGCUGGCAGUGCCAGAGCUGCUGGGAGCCCUGUGGAGGGACAGCCGAGCAGGGGGCAGCUCCGCUGUGCCCACUCCCCGUGCCCACACGCCUCUCCCCAGCGCCAGCCACCCUCUCUUCCUCCUGCAACCCAGCACCAUGGGGAGCUGUGGGAGCCCCUGGGUGGGCACGCAGCCCCACUCUGCUGAUUUCCACUUGGAGCCAGGGCCAGGACAACCCUCCGAGCCCAAAGAUGAGCACCUGGGGUCCCAAAGCCUGCGGUCUGGCUCCCCACCAGGACUAAGAGAGCAACCAGACUCCUCACCUCCACUCAGGCACUACCCGCUGGCCCUUGCCAAGCCGGAUCCGUCCCCUGUUUGUCUCUACCCCACACCAGUCUGCGAUGGGUGCCCGAGAGUGGGCUGUGGGGUGCUAGGUCCCUUCGAGCCCACCUUGGGCAUCCCUGGGAGCCGUUUUCCAUGCCCACCCAGCAACCACACCAAGCUGAAGAAAACCUGGCUGACGCGGCACUCUGAACAGUCACUGCUGUGCUGCAAGGCUCCCCGGCGGGACAGUGGCUCCGAGACAGCCGUUGAGGGCAAGCGCUCGGCUAAGCGCCCGCACGGCACCACCGACAGAUCCUGCGCUGCUGGUGAAGGUGCUGGGGCGGCCAAGAGAGGCACCAAGGCCACCGAGCGUGUGGCUGUGACAUGGUCGGGUGACGGUGUGGAGAGCGGAGGGGACCUGGAGGAGAGGACGAUGGAGCUGGGAGAGGGAGAGCUGCCGAGUCGUGCUGGCCCAGAGCCCCAGGAGCCGUGGUGCCUGCAGAGCGUGCCAUGCACUGCCCUGCCCAAGAGCAUUCCACGGUGCUGUGCCUGUGCCAUGAGAGACCCCAAAGGUGAGGAAGACGAGGAUCCUCCGGAGAGCACUUGCAGGCUGCUGCACUUCCGCAGAUUUGCCUUCGGAGACGGUGGGGAGCUGAGCAGCGAUGGUUUCCGCGCCCUGGCCAAGGCGGAGGAGCAGACGCCAUGCCCCGAGCGAGGGAGCGUGGGCAGCAGCCUCUGCUUGGCCAAAUAUCUGCUGAGGGUCCUGGGGGACCCCUUCUGUGAAGCCGUACGCAGGGACAGGAAUGCGUGGCCGAGAGCCCUGGGUAAGCAGGGACAGAGGCGAGGGGUGAUGCUGGGGACACUGAGGAGGCUGAGGACUGUGUUUGUCGCAGGGGUGACUGCCUGGAGGAGAAGGGAAGGAGCCCCCCAGCUCUGCGAUGCCUGCCAACGCGGCUUCUUCAACUCCCACUGGAGUUGUGCCAGAUGUGGCUUCCAGAUGUGCCCCGACUGCCACCGCAGCAGGCAGGAGGCUGAUGGCCAUGAGAGUCCAGAGCGGCUGCCUGACUGCAUCCCAGGGCAAGACCACCACGUCGCAUCCCUUGUCCCUACACAGUUUGUCCCCACCUCUAUCCUGACCCAGCUCUGGAAGCAGCUGCAUGAAGUCCGGGCCAAAUUCGGCAUCAAGUCAUGUUGUCCCUGCAGCGAGGAGGCUGCAGAGCAGAGCCCAGCAGAGCCCCCCACGAGCAGGCAGGAGCUGCUGGGGGCUGCGGUGCCCACUCUCCCACCCAGCAGCGAUGGCCAAGUUGACCUCUCCAGGCCCAUCAAGGAAGAGAGUCCUGAGCAGGGACCGCCAUUGCCAGGGCAGCCUCCCCCCCGGGGAGCCAUGCAGACCACCACCCUCUGUGAUCUCCUUGCCUCCACCGCCGUCAAGCUGUGCCUGGGGCAAGACGGGGUGCAUAUGGCCUUUGCUCCCGUCUCACCCGCCUUGCCCAGCGACAAUUGCCUGACCAGCAUCUUGGACAGCAUCAUUGCCCGUGUGGUGGAGAGGAAGAUCCAGGAAAGGCAGGCGGAUGGCGAGUUGAGCCCCCCCAGUCCUCCCAGUCCCCCCACUUCCCACUGCAUCCUGGCUCCCAGUGGGCUGCUUUGGCUGCAUGACCCUGGCCACGCCAGCAACUACGAGCUCUUCCAGGAGCACUGGCGGAGGGGCCAGCCCGUCCUUGUUUCAGGGCUGCAGAAGAAGCUGGAGGAGCGGCUGUGGGGGCCGGAAUCCUUCCAUUUGGACCAUGGAGAGCAGGAGCUGGAGGUGGUGAACCUGCGGGCACCAGCACGCCGGGUCAGGAUGAGCAGCCAAGAAUUUUGGGACGGUUUUGCAGCCAGCACGGCAUCCCCAGAGCAGGGCGGUGGGGACCUGCUGAAGCUGGAGAGUGGCUUUGGGGACAUGGAGCUGUGCCGGGCCACCAACCUCAGUGCCAGCCUGCCGCUGCCGGAGUACUGCGGGCCAAAUGGCCGCCUCAACCUGGCUUCCUACCUUCGGGGCCAGCAGGGCCAGCGCUGGCUGCGUCCGCAUGUCUGUGUGGCUUACGGCGUGCAUCCUCAGGACCGGAGCAUUGGGACCAAAAACCUGACCGUGGAGGCAACUGAUUCCAUAAGCAUCCUGGCACACGCCACGGCACGGCAGGACAUGCUCCUGCAAGCUGAAGCUGACAGCAUGGAUGCGCCACUGAAAGAGCGACUCUGGGAUGCCGGCAGCCAGCCUGGUGCAUUGUGGCACAUCUUCCGGGCCGAGGAUGCUGGGCGCAUCCAGGAUUUCUUGCGGAAGAUCUCAGUGGACCAAGGGCAGGAGAAGGGGGCUGCGAUGGAGCCCCCCAGCUGCUAUCUGGACCUCACGCUGCGGCAGCGGCUGCAUGAGGAGUGCGGGGUGAGCGCCUGGACCCUCCUCCAGUUCUUGGGGGAUGCGGUGCUGGUCCCUGCUGGGGCUCCCCACCAGGUGCAGAGCCUCACCGGCACCAUCAGUGUGGAGCAGCGAUUCCUCUCACCAGAGAAUGCCACCCGCCUCCGGGAGCACAGCACCCACCGCCAGCUCGACACCCAGCUGGACGGCAUGAUCUUCUCCGCUGUGUGGGAGGCCGUGGGAGUCCUGCAGGGCUGCAAGUGAGCGGCAUGCUGCGAGGAUGCGCCAACAAAGCCAGCGCUGCCAGGCAUGGCCAAGAGGCUAUGGGGAGCCAGGACUGAGCACCUCUCACUCGGUGCUUUGCCAGUGCCCAGGGGCAUUGGGGCAGGAGCAAGGAAGCCAGGGAAUAAAGAGUUUGCAGCAUGCCAGGGGCACUGGCACCACCAGCAUCUGGCUUGGUGUCUCCAUUCCAUGCAGCAUCAGCCCCUUCUUCUCCAUCCACAGGAAAGGGUGUCCUGGGGGGUGGGGCAGACCUGGGUCCGGAGGCGUCCUUGCUCCCAGCCCAUGGUGGCUGCCCAAGGCCACUGGUGAGAUGAGUUUAUAGAAUCAUGGGAUGGUUUGGGUUGGAAGCGACCUCAAAGCCCAUCCAGUUCCACCCCCCGCCAUGGGCAGGGACACCUCCCACUGGAUCAUAUCCUGAUGUUUUCCAGUUCUCUGCACAGAGACCACACCAAACUCAAAAGAGUUGUGGUCAAUACCUCCAUGUCUGAGUGGAGAGCAGUGAUGAGUGGCAUUCCGUAAGGGUUUAACAUCUUUGUCGCAGAGAGAGACACUGGCCCUUGGCCAGUUUGCCACUUGGAGUUGGCCUUGUUGAACUUCAUGAGGUUCUCCAGCCUGUCCACAUCUCUUUGGCUGCCACCCCUUCCUUCCAGCACAUCAACCAUGCCACACAGCUUGGUCCUUGUAGACCACCACUCACCACUGGUCUCCAUAUGGACAUGGAGCUGUUGACUCUUUGAGGUUGGCGUGGUCUUUGUGAGGCCUGGAAGACAUCGGGAUAGUCAGGGUCCCGGGGGCAGCUCAACUCUUUCCAGCUGCAGGAAAACAACUGGCACCAAAGCUUUUUCCAAGGAUAGGAACAACUUCUUCCACGGAACAUCCUGCUCCCAGUGCCAGGAUGCAGGGGAAUUGCUCUUCUCUGCCCAGGACCGUUGCCUGGAGCUGCCCUGCACGAGAACCGGUGGGGAGGGGGAAUCAACGGGCACUGGGUCAUUAACGAGGUACAAUUAGCGCCGUCCA